UGUUGCUUGGAGUCGGAAAGGGUAACUCGGCUAACUGGUGCACAGACAGUCCUGCGGGUUGGCAGAGCCUUAGUUAGUCCCUGUGUUCUGGAGUAUCAGGCGGUGAUCAGCUUUGAGGAAUGGAUGCUAAACAAACCCUCCAAGGACAGAACUGUCACAUGUCGAGAUCAAGAAUGACCCACAAGAAAUCAAAGUUUUGCUGCAGAGCCAAUGAGUACACUCAAGUGCCUGAUGGGGGCUGGGGCUGGGCGGUAGCUGUUGCUUUUUUCUUCGUGGAAGUCUUCACAUAUGGCAUCAUCAAGUCCUUCGGUGUCUUCUUCAAGGACUUAAUGGACAGUUUCGACCAAUCCAACAGCAAGAUCUCGUGGAUAGUAUCGAUAUGCGUGUUUGUCUUGACGUUUACAGCUCCGCUCUCCACGGUCCUGAGCAAUCGCUUCGGACCCCGCGUGGUGGUGAUGGUUGGGGGGCUGCUGGUCAGCACUGGGAUGGUGGCGGCCUCCUUCUCGCAGACGGUUUACCACAUGUACAUCACCAUCGGGGUCAUCUCAGGUCUGGGAUACUGCUUUAGCUUUCUCCCCACCGUCACCAUCCUGUCACAGUACUUUGACAAAAGACGCUCAGUGGUCACCGCAGUCGCUUCCACAGGAGAAUGUUUCGCUGUGUUUGCCUUCGCACCAGUCGUCACAGCUCUCAAGGAGCAGAUCGGCUGGAGGUACAGCCUGCUCUUCGUGGGGCUGCUGCAGCUCAACAUUAUCGUCUGUGGGGCUCUGCUGAGACCAAUCAUUAUCAGAGCCCCAGAGUCACCGAGAACAGUCACCCACGAGAACCGCAAAGAAGUGCAAUAUAUGCUUGAGAACGAGAAAACGCGAACCUCGCUGGACUCCAUUGACUCAGGAGUAGAGCUAACUACCUCACCGAAAAAUGUGCCUAGCCACGCUGCCGCGGAGCUGGAGCCCAGGGCUGACCAGCAGGUCCUGGGGAAGACUGGCUCUGUGCACAGCGAGAAGAAAGUCCCGCUGUUAGACUUCUCCAUUCUGAGAGAGAAGAGUUUCAUCUGUUACGCACUGUUUGGCCUCUUUGCCACGUUGGGAUUCUUUGCACCCUCCUUGUACAUCAUUCCUUUGGGCAUCAGCCUCGGCAUUGACCCUGAUCGCGCUGCUUUUUUAUUAUCCACGAUGGCGAUUGCUGAAGUCUUCGGAAGAAUUGGAGCCGGCUUCCUCCUCAACCGAGAGCCCAUUCGUAAGAUCUACAUUGAGCUCAUCUGCGUCAUCUUACUGACUGUGUCGCUGUUUGCCUUUACUUUUGCCACUGAAUUCUGGGGUCUCAUGUCAUGCAGCAUAUUUUUUGGGGUUAUGAUUGGAACAAUAGGGGGGAGCCACAUUCCCCUGCUGGCGGAGGAUGACGUGGUGGGAAUUGAGAAGAUGCCCUCGGCAGCUGGUGUCUACGUGUUCAUUCAGAGCAUCGCGGGGCUGGCGGGACCACCCCUGGCAGGUCUGCUCGUGGACCAAAGCAAGGUGUACAGCCGAGCCUUCUACUCGUGUGCGACCGGCAUGGCUAUGGCCGCCGCAUGCCUCGCCUUGGUGAGGCCGUGCAAGCAGGGCCUGUGCCGGCAUCCCCAGUCGGGGCCCACACAGCGAGAGAGCCCCCGUGGGAAGGCGCUGCAGGACAUCCCCGAGGACUUUCUGGAGAUGGACCUCGGGAAGAUGGAGCCCAGAGUUCAUGCGACAGCGGAGCCAGUGUGAUGCAUUUUCAUGUAACAGCGGCUGCUGCGCUGGUUGGAAAGGGGGGCCCCGGGAGGCGGGGGGCAGAGGAGCUAAGCACUGAGCUCCACCUUCAAAGGGAAUGUACGUGUGAACAGCACCACCACCAUGUCUUUCCUUUCCGCUGUUUUCCUUUUCUGUUUUUGAAGCCAAAAUGAAAACCACCAUCUGUGUAUGUCUGCCUCUAUUCAGUAGCAAUACAAAGAUAUAGAGAAGGACUCUGGUUCACAUUCCAUGAUCAAAAUAGUGACAUGAAUUUGCAAAGUGGUUCUAAGUGCACACUCACAUGUAAGAAAUUCCUACUUGAGAACAGAAAAUGACAUCUACCCAGGUCCCUGAAAUGGAAUUGGCCAUGCCCAAACCAGAAUACCUUCAAUCACUGAAAAAUACUGUUUUCAGAAAUACGAGUAAAGUUUUUUUAAUUAAAAAAAAUGCUGAGUUUCCUUUAAUAAGUUACAGCCUCUGAGUUUUCUAAAUAUUGCAUGAGAAUGAAGGAUCCCGUAGUUUAAGAGCAAACAUUUGAGUAAUAAGCAAACAACUUGACAGUCUAUGUAACUUGGACUUCAUAAAUGUGAAGAUUACCACUUCUUUUUACGGCCAGUCAUCACAGAAGUAUUUCAAUACAGAAUACACUAAAUUACAUUUAAAAAUGUGUUUCCUGUCGCUUUUAGUUAUUCAGAAAUAUGUGAUUGUAAUGUCCUUAAUUUAAAGCACUAUUUAUUAUUAAGUUAUUCUAGGGUAACCGAAGUAAUCAAAAGAAAUGAAAAGGAUUCUGAGACACAUACGGCAUUUUUACCUCCUUCUUGCAAUCCUCUACACGUCCCACAGGACAGUUUUUAUCCUGUACACGGCCCAUUCGUGAUGGCCCCAGUUUGAUUAACGGCAAUGUGUGCUACUUAUCAGGCAAGAAAAUAAUGGAUAGCAAUCGCCUUAGCUCUGAAAAUCAUGUGUUGAUUAUUAGCUAAGUAUACUUGAGGAUCUUAUCUGAUCAAAAUUACAUCUUGCUUAUUUGGUUACAGCAUUUCUGAUUUUGAAAAUGAUCAUCACUGUUGAAGUCUUUCUGUAUUUGAUUUGGGGGUAGCAACAUCGUAUCACCGUCACGGGUUACCAGUUGCAAUUUACAUCUGCCGUAGAACCUGACUUGACCUACGCUGCCAUACGUGUCAGGUCAAUGUUCUGGAGUCAUGUUCUAUGUUUAGUAUUUCUCAUGUUAGCAGUUUUCUGUAAAGAGGAUAACAGGUGAGCCAUGUCCUCACCUGUUUUACUGAAUCUCACCUUACGGGUGACGGUCAGUGCAUGCUGCUCCACCCUUACUCAUCUUUACUGUUAAUUUAAGACAACUCAGGGGGAAAACAUAACAAGCCUAGUUUGGUUCCAGGUAAACACAAGCUUGAAUCUUUCUCUGCACUGAAAGGAGAGUGGCAUAGUUCAUCACUACCGGCUACGUUUUUGUAUAGCAUUUUAUCAGCCAUAGAAAUAGGACAAUCUGUAACCUCCGGGGAAGGUGCAGGAGGAAAUGACAAAGUGUCUAACACAGACACACCUGAAACAAGGUAGGCCCGCAAGUGUCUGUCGCCGCUUGGAGAAAGCCUCCAGCCGCGGGAGCUUUGCACACUUUCACCACUUCAGCACUUUAUGGGAUAUUUUGUACUAUGAAUGUUCAAUGCAACUUAGUAUUUAUAACUGAUUUCUGAGAGAUCCGCUCUAUGUCCAUUCUGUUAACUGCAUGAGAAAAAAAAAUGUAUGCCAAUUUCAGUAUGUCGAUAAUCAACUUUAAAUGUUUGGAAGAAAAUAAAAAAUGAGAUUGCUGAUUUCUUCUGUAUUAGUGACAUUCUGGUACUUCUAGAUUUGCAAUAAAU